AUGGCGGCCAUGGAGGAGCUUGAAAUCCACAGCAAGUCUUACUUUGUUCGCUGGAUCAACGUCAACGCCAACCACACCAUCUCGUGGAGCAUUCAGCCGCACAAGAAGUCCGUCAACUUCGGCAUCUUCAAGCACCCAGGCCAGACAUCAUCACUGGGAUCUGUCCUUCCUGCCUCCGAUUCUCAAAGCACCGAUUCAACCGAGAACCUCCCCGCAACAGCCGCGAAUUCCGGCCGCAACCAACAAUCCGCUGUUAUAGACAAGCUGACGGGAAUUGGUCUAAAACAGAUCAGAUGGACCGGUAAAUGCGAGGCAGACAAGAUCACCCAAGGAACAUACGAUGUGCCAAAUAGCGAGGGCGGCAACUACGCGCUCGUCUUUGAUAAUACCUUCUCUAAACAAAUCUCCAAGACCCUGACACUUGUUCUCCUCACCUAUCCCACCAGCCAGCCACCACACACCUCUGUAUCGAACACACUUCCGCGCUCGCAAACCGGUGCAUCAACCGACUCGCUGCCACAGCCCAAGACCCGCCGCCGCGGAAACAGUCGCGCCACGCUUAACGGGCAGCAAGAUGUAUCGAACGGGAGUGUCCACACAGGACUGCUCCAGAAGCGGCGGCGAAAGCGCCACCAGGGCUGGGCACGCCGGUUCUUUUCUUUGGACUUCACUUCCUGCACUCUGUCAUACUAUCAUGACCGCAACUCGGCCGCUCUACGAGGCGCGAUCCCACUCUCGCUAGCGGCCGUUGCGACCAACGAGAAAUCGCGUGAAAUCUCGAUCGACUCUGGUACUGAGAUCUGGCAUCUCCGUGCCAGUGAUGAUCAAGACUUUAUUGCAUGGAAGCGCGCUUUGGAGAGAGCUUCUUCUAAGGAUGCGCAGAAGGAUAGCAAUACCAGUCUGGCUGCUCCUCCGGAGUUGCGUCUGCAUGCACCAUCGCAUCCUGACCCAGCAGAGGAACGCGAAUGGACUCGUGUUGAGAGUCUGGUAAGCCAGGUUUCUGAAUCGCGGGAUGCCGUGCGUCGCUUGGCUAAAGAUACCGAUCCUAAAUAUAUGACUUCGCCUUCUCCGACUGGCGGUAUUGACCGGCCUAAGUCUCGUGGCCGAUCGCCUAGUCCUCAGCCGAGCUCCCACGAUGCUACUCCUGGUGAGGAGUCUAGACGGCCUUUUUGGAAGCGCAAGACAAGUGGACAGUCCCAUGGUAGUGGCAAACGUCCAAAUGCUGUAACUUCCAACUCUAGUUCUUCGCAGCUUGUUGUGCCUCCUACGGAUGGAAAGGGAAAGCCUGCUAGUAUCCAUAGUCAUGCAGAUCAAAUGGAUGAGAUCCAUGACCAUUUGAUGGCUGUAUUGCGCGACCUUGACACUGCUAUCUCGGAAUUCUCUACAUUGAUUUCUGAGAGCAAGGAGCGACGACACCCGCCUCGGCAAUCUAUCAUUCCCCGGCGGAGUAUGGAGUCAGACAUCUCGCAAGAGUUCUUCGAUGCAACGGACGGAGGUGGUGACAGGUCUCCUCUUUUGACCAUCCACGAUAGCGACGACGAAGGCCCCGAGGAGGACCGGCCUGCAUCUUCUGCCGAGGAAGUCGAAGACGACGCUCCCUCCGACAGUGAUGGCGAAUCUGACACUCGACAGGAGAGCAGCAGUGGUCUAUUCCCAACCAAGCCCAAGUCCCUGAACCCGCUCCCUCUGGACCCUAUAAAGCGUCGCGCCAACAUUCUCGCACCAACGGUCAUGCCACCAAGCCUGAUCGGCUUCCUGCGCAAGAACGUUGGCAAGGACCUAUCCACUAUCUCCAUGCCGGUCUCCGCCAACGAGCCCAUGUCCCUUCUGCAACGCGCAGCAGAGAUCCUCGAAUACUCCUCUCUCCUCGACAAAGCAAGCCAAUCAGCAGACGCAACCGAACGCCUCAUGUACGUAACGGCCUUCGCCCUCUCCUCCCUCUCAAGCAACCGCGUCCGCGAACGCUCAAUUCGCAAACCCUUCAACCCAAUGCUAGGCGAGACAUACGAGCUCGUCCGCGAAGACCGCGGCUUCCGCUUCAUAGCAGAGAAAGUCUCGCACCGCCCGGUGCAACUGGCCUAUCAAGCCGACAGCAAAGAAUGGUCCCUAAGCCAGUCCCCUAUGCCCAGCCAGAAAUUCUGGGGCAAGUCUGCCGAAAUCACUACUGAAGGCCGCGUUCGCAUAACCAUCCACGCAACAGGCGAGCACUACAGCUGGACACCGGCAACAUCCUUCCUGCGCAAUAUCAUCGCAGGCGAGAAAUACGUCGAGCCGGUCGGUGAAUUGGCCGUUACGAAUGAAUCCUCUGGUAACCGCACUAUCUCGACCUUCAAGGCUGGCGGUAUGUUCUCCGGCCGCAGUGAGGAAGUCUCUACCCGCGCCGUUGACGCUCAUAAUAAACCCCUCCCGCUUGGUCUAUCGGGUUCAUGGCCUUCCUCGCUGACACUGACCCGUGAUGGAAACCCUACUGGUAAUACGGUCUGGACGGCUGGAACCCUCGUCCCAUCCGCACCCAAGCAUUACGGAUUGACAUCAUUCGCGGCGACCUUGAAUGAGAUCACUUCUAUUGAAGAGGGCCAUCUCCCCGCCACGGACUCCCGUCUCCGGCCUGAUCAACGGGCAUUGGAAGAUGGUGAUUUAGACCGUGCGGAGGAAGUCAAGGUGCAGCUUGAAGAGGGUCAGCGUGCGCGGAGACGUGAGAUGGAAAAUGCGGGCGAGGCUUGGGUUCCGCGCUGGUUUACGCGGAUUGGGGGUGAUUCGGAGGAGGUGUCUUGGAGGUUGAAGGGUGGGAAGGAUGGGUAUUGGGAAGAGAGGGCCAAGGGCAGUUGGUCUAAUGUUGUGCCUGUUUUUGAGUAG